UCCUCUCAAUACAGCUAGGAGGUGGACUCUCGGCAAGAGGGUGAGACGUGACGAAUAGUUUGUGCCGCGAUGCAAGAGCAGAGUGGCGUCAAUGGGGAGAAUGAGAAAGAGAGAGGGAGAAAUGUUGAAGGGAGCUUGAUGUGACACAAUGAAAGACAGCUUCACUGGAAGCUCUCACCAACAACUAUGGCGGAAGUCACUACUAAACCGCGACUGCCAGCCAACCCGUUCCCGGUUAAUCACACUAGCUCUUCUUUUUCUUGCAAUACUGUUGACAUUAGACAACAAUUCUCCGCAACUACCCAUGACUUGCACCAUAUGGAGUCAAGAAGAGAAUAAGAAAGUACUCGAGUACCUGACACUCGGUCUGCUAAGAAGCGGCAGAUCAUCGGCGGAAGGUCCGUGCGCCGGAAGUGACGAAGUUGAAUCUCCAGCGACAACUUGCCUUGUCAACUGCAAUACGGUCAUCACGGUACAAUAUCAAACCAGCCUCUCGUCGUGCCAUACCACUGUCAAGAAGCGUCCAGAAGAAUCAAGAACCAGACGCUCAGUCAGCAGAAGUAGUAGACGGUGCGCGCGCAUUCAGAAGUGGCCUAUUUUCGCCGGCGCAGCCCACCCAACAUCAGUGUCGCACGACUAUCGGAUUCAUCACACAUCGCUGCAUCGAUUUCUCGGCUUCCCGGCUAAAGACUGCUGAAUUGGAUUGCAAGGGGACCCAGUUUCGGUAGAAGCCAUCGCUGUCAUGUCAAACACCAUCACUGUUCGUGAUCCCUCUGUUCAGCGACGUCUUGCAUGCCGGCGGCUAGAAACACCGAACUUUACUAACACAUCCACAGGGCGAGAUCUAUGAAAAGAUCAUCCAGGAAGUCAUCAACGCCUCGCAGAAUGAUUUCGAAGAGAAUGGUGUCCAGCAGCAGACCUUGAUGGAACUGCAACAGGUUGGUCAACCCCUUCUCCUUUGCAAUUUACCUGUAUUA